AUGAGUCUCAUUGAAUCAGACUACUCUGACUAUGAGCAAGAGGUGGAAGAUGGAGAAGACGAGAGAUCGGUCCACUCUGUUGAGACAUUGCAGAGGACAACCAGUGAGAGUGAAGUGGAUGAGGCCAAACCCAAGAAAAGGACCAGGCCAGUGAGGUCAAAGGCCAGAAGAAUAGCGGCCAAUGUCAGGGAACGGAAAAGGAUCCUGGACUACAACCAGGCAUUUAAUGCUUUGCGCCAGGCACUUAAACACGACCUGAGCGGCAAGAGGUUGUCCAAAAUAGCGACUCUGAAGAGAGCCAUUAACAGGAUAUCUUCACUGUCCAUGUUCUUACACUCCAGCCCUCCGCAGAAGAGGAGCUGUAGCCACACUGAGUGCCACCUUCAAUAUAGUGGGCAAAGACAGUCAGAGAUCAAAGACAGCAGCCCACAGGCCUACAUGGUGCCACCACAGACGCAUCAAACCGUCUCUGCAAAUCCAAACUAUGGGGAGAUCGCACAGCCUCAGCAAUGUCCAUCUCCUUACUACACCAGACUAUCACCUGAGGCCCCAUAUUUGCAGGGCUCUUAUGGAAGCUCAACAGAGGACAAUUCAAUGCCAGGCUUCCCAUACUAUACACAUGGGAGCUACAGUAUUGGUGUCAGGGGCAGCUACUUUCAGAACCACAUGGACACUUUAACAGAACCAGCUCCUGGAUCAUUUACUUGCCAGCUUGGAUGCUUUCAGGGAUCAGCAUACCAACAUUCUCUCUCCAUGCACUGA